CGCAGUUAGUGCGCUGACAUUUUCUUUUCACGGUGGACUGGCUCGCUCGCAGGAUAACGUUAGGGUUUUUGUGGGAGAUUACUUUCCGACAUGGCCGUUUUCCAUUUGAUUUUGAGCUGGACUGGUCAUGCUUUAAUGUUUCUGCUGGUUCUACUUUUCAUAGCGUUUAUUGGUUAUUGUCUGUAUAUUAAAUACACUCACCUGAAAUACGACCACAUACCUGGGCCACCGAGAGACAGUUUUCUUUUCGGACAUUCAGCAACGAUAUUGAGAAUAAUGAGAAGUGGUGGCGUAGUACACGACCAAUUUCUGGAGUGGUGCGAGGCUUAUGAGCCUAUUUGCAGGAUAAAUCUUCUGCAUUACGUUAUGAUCGCUGUGACCUGUCCAGAGGCAACCAAGGAAAUCCUGAUGUCUCCCAAGUACCCCAAGGAUAAGUUUGUCUACGGGAAACUCUUCUACCUGUUUGGCCAAAGGUUCCUAGGUAACGGCCUAGUAACAGCACAGGACCACGAUCAGUGGUAUAAACAGCGCCGGAUCAUGGACCCUGCAUUCAGCAGCUUGUAUUUGAGAGGUCUUAUGGGCACCUUCAAUGAGAGGGCAGAGAAACUAAUGGAUAAACUGUCGGAAGUUGCUGAUAACAAAACAGAGGCCCAUAUGCACCGGCUAUUUAACUGUGUUACCCUUGAUGUCAUUGCAAAGGUUGCUUUUGGUGUCGAUUUAGACCUGAUGGAGAAUACUACACCUUUCCCUCAAGCCAUAGAGCUUUGUCUGAAAGGGAUGGUGUUCCAUGUCAGAGACUCCUUUUUUUGGUUGAAUCCAAGGAACCGACCAUUCAUGAAUAAAGUGAGGGAAGCUUGCUCUCUGCUGCGCACAACUGGAGCUCAGUGGAUUCAUAAGAGGAAGGUGGCCAUGCAAAACGGUGAAGACGUCCCCAAGGACAUCCUCACGCAGAUCAUCAAAACUGCUGGCAAAGAGGAAAGCAUGACUCAAGAAGAUGAAGAGUUUAUGUUGGACAAUUUUGUGACAUUUUUCAUUGCUGGACAGGAAACAACAGCUAAUCAGCUGGCUUUUUGCAUCAUGGAACUUGCAAGACUCCCUGAUGUACUGGAGAAAGUGAAGAAAGAAGUGGAUGAAGUCAUUGGGAUGAAACAGGAAAUUAGUUAUGACGAGCUGGGACAACUGGUCUACCUCUCACAGGUGCUGAAAGAGACUCUGAGGAUGUACCCCACAGCUCCAGGCACAUCUCGUGACGUAAUGGAAGACAUUGUCAUUGACGGUGUCCACAUACCCAGAGGAGUAAAUUGUGUGUUCAGCUCCUAUGUGAAUGGGAGAAUGGAAAAAUUCUUCAAGGACCCGCUGACUUUUGAUCCAGACAGAUUUCACCCAGAUGCUCCUAAGCCUUAUUACUGCUACUACCCCUUUGCCCUCGGUCCACGUUCAUGCCUCGGACAGAACUUUGCUCAGAUGGAGGCUAAAGUGGUGAUGGCCAAGCUGCUGCAGAGGUUUGAGUUCAGCCUUGUGCCGGGACAGAGCUUUGACAUCCUGGACAAUGGCACGCUCAGACCGAAGAGUGGAGUGGUGUGCUCUGUUCGACACAGGAAGUAAAUGGUUAUACAGCACCAUGGCAGCAAAAAAAAAACAACAAAAAAAAAAACACAGUAUAUUCAAAUGAAGUUAUGGUGAUGAUUUUUAUUUCAUGAUGAGGAUUAAUUAUUACGUCAUUAAGCACUUUAAUCUUGUUGUGAUUAACUCUUAAGCUCCUCCAAACCCGCUGAGCUCCUAAACCUGUUGUGCCUUUAACACUAAUAUAAAAAUGCUGUAAUUACCACUUUUACACAAAUACACUACAGAUGAAAAUCACACACUGAUGCAGAAAUAACUCGCCAGUUUGUUUGUUUUGCACUUUAAUAAACUGAAAAUUAAUUUAACGCCAGAUAGCCUGAUUUCAUUUCAUGUUCAGAAGUGUUUUUGUUGUUGUUGUGAUUGUUGUUUGUACUCAAUCAGCCAUGUUUUGUCCGUUACAGGCAGUGUAACACAGGGGGGCGCUAUGACCAUGCAAAGAAAUCUCAAACGCACCUGUUAAACUCCAAAUUCCCCCAAAAACAAAACACCCUCACUUAUCUCAGCUGAUUUGCUGGAGUUUGUUUUCAUGUUUAUUAAUAUUUAAAACCAGGAUGUUAUGCGGUGAAUCACACUGUAGGCACAGGCUGAUUUCAAUAUAAUCUGUUUAAAAAUGUAAAAAUCAACUAAAUAAGGUCAAAAAUAAUAAAAUGUUUACAAAUAUUAAA